UCUGUGAGGCGGGCUGCGGGGCCGGGGUCUGUCUGUGCGCGGCGCGGUGUCUCCAUGGCGCCGGCAGCGCCCUGAAGGCGGCGGCGGCGGAUUCGCAGGCCGCGUCCUAGUCCUCGGCCUUGAGUGAUCUCGAUGCCGAGCACCUCGGACGCGGCGCCAGCUGGAGGGAGCGGGGGAAGCCGGGGCUGGGGCGGCUCGGCAGCGGUGGAGGCGCCGGCGGACAAGAAGCGGCUACAUCACCGGAGACGGAAGCGCUUCGCGGCCCAGCCGCAGCCUCCCGCUCCGCCGCCGCCGGCUCCUCACCCGCUGCUGUUUCCACUCCUGCAGCCGCCGCUCCUGCAGCCGCCGCUGCCGCCGCAGUCUCUGCUGUUCCUGGCGGCCACCAGCGCCUCCUCCUGCUGCGGGGACGGGGGGGAGCGGAAGCGGCCCCGGGGCAAGCGGCGCUCGGGGUCCCGGCACAAGCGGCGUCGGGGCCGCGGGGGAGGCGCAGGGGGCGGCGGCGGCGGCGCCCAGGAGCCGGAGAAGCGGCGCGGUAGUGGGGGGCUGAGCACUCUGGUGGAGGAGUACGACGACGUGAGCUCCCAGUCCGAGGGGCUGGUGGGAAGCGGAGCGGCCGGACCAGGCGGGGCGGGGAGCGGCGGGGGAAGCCCGGCCUCCUCCUCCGGUGGGGGGAGCCAGCGGCCCCGGGGGGAGUCGGAGCGGAGCAGCCGGCCGCGCCGGGAACAUCGCGGCAGCAGCGGUCGCUCCAGAGAGCGGCACCGGGAGCACCGCAGGCGGGGGGAGGAGAAGCAGCAGGAGGGGACGGCGGUGGCCAGGGGGGGAGCCGAGGCCUCCUCUUCCUCCUCCAAGUCCCGCAGCCGCCACAAUCAGACCGGGGGCCAGGACCGGGAGGGCCCCAAGAGCAGCAGUGGCGGCGGCAGCGACGCCCGCAGGAAGGGCCCGGCCGCCUCCCCCGGCAGUGGCAGGAAGGAGCGGGAGGGCAAAGCGCACAAGAGCCGGACUAAAGCGGCCAAAGAGCCGCCCUCGGCCUACAAGGACCCGCCGAAGGCUUAUCGGGAGGAUAAGGCCGAGCCUAGGGCCUACAGGCGGCAGCGAUCGUCCCCCAGCCCCGGCCGGGACGACAGCCCCCCGUCGCACAGGGCCUCCCAGAGCCAGAGGAGCCGCAAAUCGCCCAGCCCCAUCGGCGGGCGCUCCCCCCUCAGCCCAUACAGCCGCCGCCGAUCCCCUAGCUACAGCCGGCACAGCUCGUACGAACGCGGCGGGGAUGUGUCGCCCAGUCCCUACAGCAGCAACUGGCGCCGCUCUCGGAGCCCCUACAGCCCCACUGUCAGGAGAUCAGCAAAAUCCCGAAGCAGAAGCCCUUACUCAUCAAGACGCUCAAGGUCUCGCAGCAGGCACAGAUUAUCUAGGUCCAGAAGUCGUCACUCGAGUAUUUCUCCUAGCACACUGACUCUAAAAAGUAGCCUGGCUGCUGAGUUGAAUAAGAACAAAAAAGCUAGAGCUGCAGAAGCAGCCAAAGCCAAUGCAAAAAUUUCAAACACCUCUACGCCUACUAAGGGAAACACUGACACUGGUGUGAGUGUACCUCAAACAAACAAUGUGAAGGAUCUGAAGAAAAUAAAAACUGAGCAUACACCUUCUCCUACAAGUGGUGCAACUUUGAAAAAUGACAAGACAAAAGCGAAGGUCUCUCUUCAGGAGACAAAGGUGGAAAAUAAUUUGAUUGUAGACAAAGUGGCUAAACAGAAAACAGCAGCAGCAGCAGCAGUAAAAGAGAAUAAAUCAGUUGUUGUAAAGCAGCAACCAGUCACUGUAAAAGAGAAAAACAAACCACAUACACCAAAUGUAGGAGCCAAGGAGAAAGAUAGAAAUGUUGCGCUACUAACCUCCACGCUGCCACCCUUGCCUUUCCCUCCCAUGCUGCCUGAAGAUACAGAUACUGACAGUUUGCGAGGGAAUCUUUCAGUGAAGGCAGUUAAAAAGGAAGUGGAGAAGAAACUACGACAUCUGCUUGCAGACUUGCCACUCCCACCAGAGUUGCCUGGAGGAGAUGAUUUAUCGAAAAGUCCUGAAGAAAAGAAACCAGCAGUUCAGUCACACAGCAAAAGGAGGCCUAAAAUAUGUGGACCACGCCAUGGUGAAACAAAGGAAAAAGACAUUGACUGGGGAAAACGCUGCGUGGAUAAAUUUGAUAUAAUUGGCAUUAUCGGAGAAGGCACUUAUGGGCAAGUUUACAAAGCCAGGGAUAAGGAUACAGGAGAAAUGGUGGCGCUAAAGAAAGUACGGCUGGAUAAUGAAAAGGAAGGUUUUCCAAUUACAGCUAUUCGGGAGAUUAAGAUUCUUCGACAGCUUAACCAUCAAAGCAUUAUCAACAUGAAGGAAAUAGUGACAGAUAAGGAAGAUGCUUUGGAUUUCAAGAAGGAUAAAGGUCACAAUAUCCCUGUGGCAACUACAACAAUUGGUUACAUGGCAAGUGCAUUUUACCUGGUCUUUGAAUAUAUGGACCAUGACUUGAUGGGACUCCUGGAAUCUGGCUUGGUUCAUUUUAAUGAAAAUCACAUAAAGUCAUUUAUGAGACAGUUGAUGGAGGGAUUGGAUUACUGCCAUAAGAAGAACUUCCUGCACAGAGAUAUUAAAUGUUCAAAUAUUCUACUAAAUAAUAGAGGGCAGAUUAAGCUUGCAGAUUUUGGGCUUGCUCGACUGUAUAGCUCAGAGGAGAGUCGACCAUAUACCAACAAAGUUAUUACUUUAUGGUACCGGCCUCCUGAACUUCUGCUUGGAGAGGAAAGAUAUACGCCAGCCAUAGAUGUCUGGAGCUGUGGCUGUAUCCUGGGUGAACUUUUUACUAAAAAACCAAUAUUUCAAGCAAAUCAGGAACUUGCUCAGCUGGAACUAAUAAGCCGAAUUUGUGGGAGUCCUUGUCCUGCAGUCUGGCCUGAUGUAAUAAAGUUAGCCUAUUUCAACACCAUGAAACCAAAGAAGCAGUAUCGUCGAAAAUUGAGAGAAGAGUUUGCUUUUAUUCCACCAGCUGCAUUAGAUCUGUUUGAUUAUAUGCUUGCUUUGGACCCUAGCAAGCGUUGCACAGCUGAACAGGCUCUUCAGUGUGAGUUUCUGCGAGAUGUAGAACCUUCUAAAAUGCCUCCACCAGACCUUCCUUUGUGGCAAGAUUGUCAUGAACUGUGGAGUAAGAAACGUAGACGGCAGAAGCAGAUGGGCAUGGCAGACGACACAACAGCAGCUAAAAUUCCUAGGAAGGAUUUGUCUUUAGGCCUGGAUGAUAGCAGAACCAACACCCCACAAGGCAUGCAGACUUCUUCCAAACUCACAACUCAGGGCAACUCUAGUGUAGCACUUGUGAAAACAGGCACUGGACAGCAGUUAAACCAGAAUGAAGUGGCAAUCCUGCUAAAUCUUCUACAGUCUAAAUCAAGUGUUAGCAUGGCACAUUUUGCCGAAGUGUUGAAUAUUAAGAUAAAUGCAGAGACUCAGCAGCAACUAGAUAAAAUAAACAUCCCUGCUGGUAUUUUGGCAGCAGGUGAAAAACAGCCAGAGCAACAGCCGCCUCCACCACCACCUGAACAGGAGCCUUUGCCACAGCCCGCAGUCACUCAGCCGGCUGUACCACCUGCUCAGCUGACUCAGCCGAAACUGGAGACUGAUGCUGCCCAGGCAGCUGUGCAGAGUGCAUUUGCUGUUUUGUUGUCUCAGUUAAUAAAGACUCAGCAAACAAAGCAAAAAGAUCUUGUCCUAGAGGAGAAGGAGAAUGGAUCAGGAAAUGAAAUGUCGUUACAACUCAGGCAGCCUCCAGAGCCCCGCACUCCUGCAUCUGAUAACCAGGAGGACACGGAAUCUCCAGCAUCUGUUUACCCACAUCUGAUCAAAUCAUUAUACUCAUGUGCAGGUCAAGAUGAUUUGGUUAGACAGCCUGAGAUGAGGCUUCUAAACCAAACACCAGAACAAGAACGCCCUCGCAUCUUGCCCCCAGACCAGCGUCCUCCUGAGCCACCAGAACCACCACCUCUCACUGAAGAAGACGACCUAGAUUAUCGGACAGAAAACCAGCAUUUGCCUAUUUCUAGCUCUUCAGGAACGGAUCCUCAUGCUGGGGUGAAAGCUGCUCUUCUACAACUGCUUUCUCAGCAUCAGGUUCAGCCAACUGAGGAACCAGUAACAACUAGUGUGGAUUAUCAGGCAAGAGACUCCUAUGUAACUGACUACAAGGAUAAUUUUGGAUCUUCUUUCUCUUCUGCCCAUUAUGGUGGUAGUGAUGGAAUAGGAAGUGGAUCAUCUGGGGCACUGGAAAGGAGAAGCUUCAUUGGAAAUUCAGAUAUUCAGUCUUUGGAUAACUACAGUACUGCUUCAUCUCACUCUAGUGGUGCACCUCCACCUCCUGCCUUUUCAGAACCAUUUCCCAGCUCAGUAACUGGUUAUGGAGACAUUUACCUCAACACUGGUCCCCUGCUAUUUAGUGGAGAUAAGGACCAUAGGUUUGAAUAUAGCCAUGGCCCUAUUGCAGUUCUGGGAAACAGUGGCGACACUUCCACAGGGUCAGAAAGUACUCAUUCUUUGUCCACAAAGAUGCACAACUAUAGUUAUGGAAGUAAUUUACAAGAAAACCCUAGUGGCAUUAGCCAUAUCCAUGGACAAACUUGGACUUCUCCAGCCCAAGGACCUGGAUAUUCCCAAGGAUACAGAGGACACAUUAGCACAUCAACAGUCAGAGGGCGAGGCAGAGGAUUACCAUACUGAGUAUCUGUUUUUCCUCAGGCACAUCAUUUUUAUCUGGAAAGACUUUUUUUCUAGCUGCAGUUUAAAGCAGCAAUCCAAUAGACUUGAAUAAUGUUAAUUCAACAGCUUUAUUUUUAUGUGGAAAAGGGUCUUGCAUACAGUAGGAAAAUUUAAACUGCUUAAAACUCAUGCUGUCUGAAAACUAGAUCAAUUGAGUGUACAUGUUCACAAAUUCUAGUUAUGAAUUUUAUUUUGUAUUUUGGCAGUUUUAAGUGGAUGCUAAAUUUAGGGACAUCAGCUUUUUAUGGCACUCUUUCAGAUCUUCUGAACUAUGCACAUUUGUGCUUUUUUUUGUAAGUUUGGACCAACUUUUAUGUAAAAAAUUUUACAACAAUCAAAGCAGGGCACUGAUUUAUUUGGUAUUUUUCUUUUUACAAAACUACCUUUAGUCAAAGGUCACUGUCAGUCUUUGCACUGCUUUCAGUGUUAUUGUGGAAGGUGUACUUUGUGCUCAUUUCAGAUAAUAAAACACAACCUUUCUCUUGAUGCAACAAUUUUAUAAAUAUUUGGUCAAUGUUAUUUUUUUCUUUAAAAAAAAAAGAUGGUGUAGUAAAAUGUUUCCCCAUCUCCCAGACAUGUUUGUAUCAAAACUGUUUUACUUGAAUGGUAAGUGCCUUAACGUGUAAGUUUAAGGUCUGCAAAAAUUCUCUACAUUUUUCUUAUAAAGGAAAUUCCCUUUCUUUAAGGUUAUUUUGUAGCGUGAUUCAAAGAUUAAUACUUAAAUAUAGAUACACUACAUUAAAACAGAGAUAAUUAUAGGCAACUUGGAUAGAGCGCAUUUUAAAGUGGCAUAUUUGCCAUUUAUGUCAGCUAAGCCAAUUUAGUAGGUAUACUAAGUUUUCUCUUCAUUGAAAUGACCUUCCCCAAACUGAAUUUACUGAGAGAAUGUCAAUGUGAAGACAUUAAAGAAAGGUAGGUUUCCCUCAACUUUUCUCUAAAAGCUGUAUUAACUUCUG